UUUAAAAAUGGCCGCUCCGUGCGGUUCUAUCGGAAUUACACUGAGCUACCUGAGCAUUGAGUACUUCGAAAAUCAGUGUUAUGUUACCGUGUAGCCCUCUGGAUUCGCAGCUGUAGUGCAGUGUGUCGUCAGCACGUUUUCGUCAGUGCGCUUUGCGUGAUGUGCGCGCGGCGACAGACGUGGGCCAUGUCUGUUUCGAAGCCGGCUACGGUUGCAAGCGCUUGGCUUAGGCUUAAUCCGUCUCCGACGGUUCUUCGGAUCAACCCUGCGGACCCCAGUCUCUGUGAUGUGCGACGGCGCGAACAUUAGGCGGCAUAUAUUUGCCGAAACGUUUAGCCGUAAGUCCCCGACGGCGUGCCACAUCGUUGUCGAUCCGUGUCAGUGCGCGUCGCCGUACAAUCGCGCGGGUGCUUGUGUACGAUUGUUUCAGUUAACGUUCUUGGACAUCAGUGCUUAUCACUGCCGAGAUAUGCCGCUCCCCCGGCAACACUUUCAGUGCCACGUCAUGUGCUGCCCCGUUUAAUGCUUCAACAUACUCCCGAUUGUUUCUUUCGAGCCAAACCUCAAUGGUGUAAACAUACAAGGCAUGGCUGAACUUCAGGUCACUCUGGAGUUCUUCAUUGAGCUCUUCAAGUUCAGCAAUGUCGACCUCUUCCAGCGAGGGUACUAUCAAAUCCGGACAGCUCUCAAGGUUCCCCAGAGGCUUCCAGCCAGAGUUGAAGUCCAACUGCCAAAAAGCACAGUGAUUCAAAGUUAUGCGCUGCCCAUAGUAUUUCCUCCCUGCAUUGUGAAUGGAACGGCUGUCAGCAAGACUUUCCAGAUCCUCUACAAGAAUGAAGAAGUGUACCUGCACGACACCGUUUUAUUCAAGGUCCAUGCACUUGUUGACGCACACAAGGUCCGGGACAUGCUGUCAAAGGCUGACUUCCAGCUUUCUGUUGAGCUUUGGUUCACGGAUCAAAACUUUGGCCCUGACCACCACAAGACCAUCCAGUGCGUGAGCUCGCGACUUCUCACAUUGCACAUGGACCCCAGUCGCGGUCUUCAUCAUCAUAUUCCAGUUCUGUUCGACUAUUUCCACCUGUCGGCGGUCUCCGUCACAAUUCACGCUUCGUUACUGGCUGUGUACCAACCUUACAUCAGCGUUACCAGGACAGGAAGAGCGCAAUGGUUUACAGGCAGCCCGAGGCUCGCCUCUCGAAAGUCGAUGUCAUCCAGCCUAGAAAGUGUCUUCUUUGGGCCACAGACGAGUGGAAGCGGUGGACGGCUCCUGGCGCGCCUGCAGCGAGCCUGCAUGGUGCACUGGGAACUGUGUUCACUCCUGCUCACGGCCUACGGGAGCCUGCAACGUCGAAUGGUCGAGUUCAUGCGCCUCCUUCCACCAUGGCAGCACCUGCGGCGAGUUGUGGAAGACUCAUUGCACCUUUCCUCUUGUCUGGAAGGACUCAGCAACGUGGCAAAGGACUGUUUUCAUCACCUUAAAGCCAGGGAUGUCUCCCCUCCGGAGUGGGACAAAGUCUUUGCUCACAUCACGCAAGCAGAGAACGAGGAAGACUUUGUGGCAGUGGCACACAGCGACGUGGCGCAGCUGUGCGGUGCGCUGAUUGUGCUCUGGAAGCAGUUCCUCGAGGUGGUCGCGGACCAAGACCGAGUGCGCCAGCAGCUGGCUCGCCAGCACCACCUGCAACGCGUCAAGCGCUUUGCCGAGGCCUACUUUGUCAUCGAGCGGCCACGCAUCGCCGUCCUGUCGGCCAAUGAUGCCAGCACGCAGCUCUUCUUCGAGGUGACGGAGGCUCUGCGGCGUUCCGAAUACCUUGCCUUGCUUCCCCCGUUGGAAGUGGAGUGUGCCGAGCUGGACGGUGAUAGCAACAACCUUCCCAUCAUUUACGAGGAGCACUAUCAAGAUUUCAAGACAACAACACCUCAAGGCUGUGCAUCACAGUCCUGCCUGAACCUCAGCGACAUCUCACUUCAGUUCGAUGACAGGCGUCCAUCAGCAUCUGCUGUCAGCAGUAUGAAGCUUUCAGAGAAGGCUGCGGUGGCCUCCAAAUUGCUGGGCCAGAAAUCCGUGCCGCUGCGGCACGGUUCGCCAACUCUCUCCGCUGAUGCUGACCUGGGUUCUCCCACCUCUACAUCGUCAACUUCUUCUGCGGAUGCCCAAGACCGUGACGGCGCCACCCGCUCCAGCAAAGGAAGCGCGUCAUCAUCGCGAGCCAAAGUGAAAUUAAAAGCGCGCACGGCCAGCCUGCUUCGUCAGCUGAAAAGGCCGCACCUCAACAACUCAUCUGUGACCUUGCUCGCAUUCAAGAGACUCGAUGCACUGCGGACUCGGGCCGCCGAAUCCAGCGAAAGCACUGUCAGUUCACAGAUGAAGCACUCGCAGAGUUCAGUUGCGGUAACAUCAGCAAACCUGUCCCUUCCGCGAAGCGUCGCAACGUCUUCGCAGUCUCAUCUUCUCAACAGCGAGUCGAUGCCCGACUUGACGACCCAGUUGGCACCAACACGAGCGGCGCCACAAGUCGUGCCACCGGCUCCACCACCGCCGAGGUCACGAGUUGCAAGCGACAGUCUCAAUGCCAACUUUGACGCGCUUUUCGUCAGCGACCCGGUCGUCGCUAGGAAGGCAGUGUCGGAAUCGUGCUCGUGUGUAAGACCGCACCUUCGAACUGCUCUGGCUCACAGCCUCACCGCCGCGAAGCACAGGCGAUCGACAUCGUCGUGCCAAGUCGGCUUCGACGCGCGUCGCACCUCGGCACCACUCUCGAACGCUCAGGACCCGAGGAGAGAGUCGCUGGGCAUUCCCGACUUUAGGAGAGAAUCGCUCGGAGUCCCCGAUUCAAGGAGGGAAUCCCUGUGCAUGCCUGACUCGAGGAGGGAAUCUCUUGGAAUCCCCGACUCUAGGAGGGACUCGUUGGAUGAGGUCUUUCUCUGUCCUGGAACCGGAGGCUCCAGUAAGUCUACUUCAGGUUACGAAAGUGCGGAUACAUCGUCCGACGUUGUGACGAUUGCUCCGAUGCCAGAGAAGAGUGCAACAUCACCACUCGACGGUGGGACGUCAAUACCUCCAUUACCACCACCACAGUUCAGAGACAGCCCCAAAGAUGCGAUGCCUGCAGGCAGUUUUGGUGCCCAUCCUUGUUCAUUGUCAUCUUGUAAAGAAAAACUAACGAACCACUCUGUCAGCGCACAGUGCAGCAGCUUUCCCUAUUCUCAGGAGAACAGUGUGAAUGGUGUCACACCUUCUACGGAAAAGCAAGCCGAACCUGUGAAUGCUCCCAUGAUGCCCUGUGAAGGUACGGCUUUCUUCCCGAAGCCCCCGGCUGAGUUUGCGAGCGACCAAGCUCCGUGCUUGGCACCCACGCUUCCCGAAAACGGCGACGACGAAGAGCCCCCGGAGGAUCCUAGUAUGAUUCAAAACGGCGUCGAGAAAGAGGUAUGCCCGUCCGACGAGGAGGCGAGGCGGCGAUACGAAGAGUGCAGGUCGUACCUCGAAACCAAGUGUACGCUGAUGGAAAUGCUGACCGACCCAAAGGACGAGUAUCAUGCGGCUCUGGACAGCGUCGUGGAGGCAUCGCAGGAAUUUUGGCAACAGAUAGAAGCUGAGAAGGAUGAAAACGCGAACGAUGAAGCUGAAGAUAUUGUGUCCGUGCGCCGGGCGUCUGCAGUCAAUGCCGAUAUCAUCAGCUUUGUGAAGGCAAAAGAGGAAUUCCGUGCACACCUAAACAUGCCUUGGCUGUGGUACAGUGAUUUCCCGGUGCUGGCAUCGUCGGUACCCUACUUUCAGUGUGAUAAUGACCUGCGAGCGUUCAGCCCCGAAGGACUUCACCUUGUGAUAUGUGUGCACGGUUUGGACGGAAACAGUGCUGAUUUGAGACUAGUCCGCACGUACCUUGAGCUGGGCCUCCCCAUGGUCAACUUUGAGUUCCUCAUGUCUGAAAGGAAUCAGGGUGAAACUUUUGAAGAUUUUGAAACCAUGACAGAUCGUCUUGUUUCCGAGAUUAGCUACCAUAUUGAAGUGUUCGCUCUGAAGCCAACCAAAAUCAGUUUCAUCGGCCAUUCGUUAGGAAACAUCAUCAUCCGCAGUGCGCUGACUCGACCCGAGAUGAAGCCUUACCUGAACCUGCUGUGCACGUUUCUCUCACUCUCAGGCCCUCACCUCGGCACGCUGUUCAACAACAGUGGUCUCGUCAACAUGGGCAUGUGGUUUAUGCAGAAGUGGAAGAAGUCUGGCUCCCUGCUCCAGCUGGCCAUGAAGGACACGGCUGACAUUCGGCAGUCGUUCCUCUACAAGCUCAGCCAGAAGCCUGGGUUGGAAUUUUUCAAGCACGUGUUGCUCUUCGGGUCUAUGCAAGACCGUUACGUGCCCAUCCACUCGGCAAGGAUUGAGCUCUGCAAGGCAGCAGUCAAGGACGCGACGCCAAUAGGGGCCGCGUACAGGGAGAUGGUGAGCCACCUUCUUCGGCCACUGGCCAGCAAGCCCGACAUCAGCCUGGUGCGCUACGACGUGCACCACGCGUUGCCCAGCUCGGCCAACUCGCUCAUCGGCCGUGCUGCCCACAUCGCCGUGCUCGACUCCGAGCUCUUCAUCGAGAAGUUCAUGGUGGUCACUGGUCUGAAGUACUUCGCGUGAGACACGUCCUUUGCUUCCCCUCCUUUUUUUUUUUUCUAUAUAAGACCCACGUGUGUCUGUCACUGAGAUUAUUUUACACAACUGCGCUUACCUUGAUCGCGGUGCUUGUUGGCCGCACGGGGGUUAUUUUUUUCUUUGUUGCGUUGAAAGGAAGCUUCAUCAAUGGCCCAGCUUAACCUGCUAACUCUCAACUUCUGUCCUUAAUUAUGUUUUUUUACUUAGCAAAUAUUUUUUGAGGGUAUUAGGAAAGGCACAAGCGUAGUACAUCUCAGAACAUGCAAAACUGGCGACUUCUUUUUUAUUCCCUUUAUUUUGCACUGCCUUUCUUUUUGUCUUCUUCCACAGCCCGAGUAAUGUUCUGCCUAAACAAAACUACUAAUUGUACGAUUUAUGCACGUGUUCAAUGGAAACUUUCAUUCAGUGAAAUGUCAGUGGAAAGCUUUUCUAAAUGUAUGUAAAAGGCUGCAAUAAUAUUAUUCUCAACUUCCAUGACAGCAAAACAAAUGUAAACUUCGAAAUGAUUAUGCAUGAAUGCCCAAAGCCUGCAGUUAUUGGUGAAAUGAGCUGACACGCAUGACUCGUUACAGGAGACCAAAGCGCUGAGAAAGAGCACGAUCCGUUCUUGGCAAUACUGGGGCAAACUGGCAGGACAACAACGGGGCUAGGGAGUUAAAGGGUUCAAUUUCUCUAUCCAAAUCCAUGGGUGACGCAGUAAUGACCUUGUUAGACAACCACGAAGCCAGUUUUUAUUCGGAUGAGGCGUAUACUAACGACUAGCAUAAGUGGCACUUUCAUCGAGACCCUUAAGUUUAAAACAUGAUGAAAAUUGUUUCAAAGUGCUGAAACAGCUAGCAUACAACUGUUAAUGCCGUAUUGCAUAUAAAAAUUUCAUAAAUUUUAAUUAUAGUCCAUGCUUGUUGCAACAGAUCCUCAUACUACAAAGCUUUCAGAUAUAACCCUCUAUUAUUCUCACUUAGUUUGGUCUGCCUAUAUUAUCAAUGCAACCAAUUCCGUCUUUAAUGGGUGACACAGUAAUGGCUGUCAGCAACCAGCGUCUGGAAAAGGGGGGACAGGAAAACGGCCUGCCACGUGGUUGUACAAUUACCGGUUGAACCAAUUUAUCUGUAGUUAUUUAUACAGCUUAGACCACUUAUAACGUAACCGUUUAUAGUGCAGGACUGGCUACAACACAGCCUUUCCCAACUCCCGUUUACCUUCCCAUAGAACUCCAUGUAUACGCAUACCGCUUACAGUGCAGCCACGCCAGACGAAAGACCAGUUAUAAUGCGGCUUCCGCGGGAAAAUCCCAGUGAUAAGCGCGGUAGUGAGCAUGCUUCUCUACAAGGUGUGCCCGCUGAUGGUAGAGGAGAGUAACGAGGGUGUUGCGGAGGAGGAGCAUGAGAUGCGGAACAAACGAACGAAUGCAAAAAAAAAAAAUGUGGCGGCAGCGCGGUGGUUGCCUAGACGACGGCCGCUUAUCAGCGGUGUGCUUUGCACUGAACACGGCUUCAGUUUCUGUGCGCCCGUCGCAGUGCGUGUCAUGAAGUGCGGAUAUUGCGCGUGCGACGCUGUCAGUUUAAGCAGUGUUCCACAAAUUUAGUUUGGAGCUAUUAGGCCUUAUGUGCACUUGUGAGGUACCGCCGUUCAUACCAGUGUGUGCACAUACAAACUUAGGCAUUCGUAGUAAUUGCCACGGUUUGUUAUGGAAGUUGUGGUUGGGGUCUGAGUCAACGAAAUGCAUUGCAAUGGCUGUACAGCACAUGGAAAACAGAGAAACCACCUUGAUAACGAAAGUGAAGGCACGAUCAACACUCGAAUAGAGGCAACUUGGUCCGCGGUUGCCAUGUUUUCGACACUAUGCAUACGCUGAUCAGUCCAUGAGACGCUGUACUGCACCUGAAAUUUGGUUGACGUUGCAUUUUUUAAAAAUUAUUAGUAUUACUUUGGCUGCUUCAUGUGAGGACUGCGAGUACUUGGACAAUAAACUUUCAACAUUCGUAAAUUUAAACAGAUGCAAAACUGCCGGUCGCUCGCUUCAAUUUUUUUAUACACGCAGCUACUUGGCCUCCAUGUUUUGUAUAUGUGAAGGCCUUGAAAAUUGUUGUUUUGGUUAUAGUGAGGUACCGCUUAUAGUGCGGAUAUUCGCAACUCUGGUGACUUACGUUAUAAGUGGUCUACACCAUUCAUUUCAGUGUUCUUAUCGUUUCUGCGUUCACUUACGAGUUAUACUACAGUAUAUGUGAAGUUUUGCCAUUUUACAACAUACUGUGACACUAAUUUUGGAUACAACAGAGUUCGGAUAUAAUGAACCUUUGUCGCUGGAUUAUCAUGGUGCGUUUGUAAUGAGCGUCGACUGUAUCUGAUCAUCUAAAGUGGUAAAAAUUAACAUGUUGGAGGGAACAUUGUGUCCAGCUGAUGUAGAAUAAGGAUGCAGAGGAAAUGUGCAGAUUUCACAGAAACAAGGAUUCACUGUUGAAGAAAAAAUGUGCCCUCAUCUUUGUGCUAAUGGCCAACUUCCCAUUUUUUUUAGAUCUAACCCCCCUUGCAGAUAUUGCAGAACAUGUUUGGUUAAAAUUAACGCACUAAAUGUCGGGCUACAUGGAGUGAACUUUCACAACAAACUUCAUGCGGCAGAAAUAGAUGCAGUGGAAUGGCACCAAUUGUUCGUUCGCUUGGGCUACAUGGAAGGGGGAAAAAAAGUGGACGCCACCGUGCAUUUGCCCCGUAGCUGUCAAUGUUGCCAGACUCAAUGUAUGUUUUUCCUGCAAAACAAGAAAUUGAAACAAAAGGGUUUCCACUCUAUCAUUUGUUGUUAAUUUCCAAUCAGUUAGAAAAAAAGCUUCAUGCAUGCAGUUAUAAACAAUUCAUACUUUUUGUAAGCGCUCUGCCGGCAGUCAGAGGGAGAUCGUUUUUUUUUUUUUUUUAAUUUUGCCAGGUGAAUUUUAUCUGGCCAAGCCAGAUCGGCGGCAGGAUUAAAACAUUGUGAUGCCGGGCAUUGGGCAUUCAUUGCUAGGCAGAGUUUGUCACGUUGACACCAGUAGGGACACCAUGUAGGGACACCAUGGCUCCUUGUAAGUCCAGCCGUAAUAGUAUGCAUCCUACCUGAAAUUUGCUUCAGUGAUCCAGGUUUUGCCAGGUCCUGUUUAUGAAGCUAUGCUUUGUCACGUAAGCGAAUACAAAGCAUUAUUGUUAUUUAAGAGUUUUUAUUUAAGAGUUUUAAUGUGGAUUAUAGACUUUUUGUUAUUUGUUAAUUUUGUGAAGUAAGGUCUAUAAACCUGCUCCCAACUUUUCAAGCUUUGCAAUUUUUAAAGAAAAAUGUUGACCUCUGUCAAAACACUAUUGGCCAUGGAAUGUUGAUUGGUCCUGAAUGUAUUCAAACAAGUAAUCGAGGCAAACGUUCUGCACGUCAGGAUAGAGCGCCAUCCACUGCUUCGAAGCUAUCGACAGCUCAUUCGAUUAGCAGUAACUUUCGAUUCACAACCGAAAGGUGUGGUACUGUCGGCUAUGCGGUCAGUUGUGGCAAAACUUUCAUUGCAGCAUCUCUUGCAUUCGUCAUUAUUUCACUCUUCUUUGUACUUUCUUCGUUCACAUCCAAAAGUGCUGCAAAAAGACAGCAAACACUGAAAAUAUUUUUUUCUGAAUAGCCAAAACCAUAAAGCAGCCAUGUAACGCAUCCAUCACAAAGCCACUUUCUGAGGACAAUGCUUGAAUUGCCACGUAGUGCCAUUUUAUUACUGUUUUUAUGGUGUUCAUAAGGCUCACGGCAAGAAUAAUUUGGUUAUUCUCCUAAGCUAAGUAUCGUAUUGGAAGUUUUCAUAGUGCAUCCAGGUUAAACUUGACAUAUUGAUGACAUGUGCCAUGUAUGAAAACAUGCUGUCUUGGCUUCCACCAUGUUUCAGGUUCCUAUAGUACAUUUCUUUUUUCAACCAAUCAUGUUGUGUACAGCUUGCAAUUAGUAGUUAAAACCAUGCAAACAAGCAACAGGAAAUGGAACUUCUUUGAGUAACUUAUUCAGCUUUUCAAAGAAUGUUGCACUUGUAAUUCAUGUGUGCCAUAGGCCAUUCAGAAUCUGUCUCGCCUUUUCAGUGAGCUAACGUGAAUGUGCAUUACUCUUUAAGUUGGAAAUUCGGGAUCAUUCCAUGGGCUGUGGGCACCGUACAUGGUCAUGAACUUUGUGACGUGCAAUUGGAAGGUUUUAUACACAGUUUGGUUCAGACUGUCAUCAGUUGACUUAGCUGCCUUUUGUCUCAUGCUACAGCCUAUGACAAGAAAGUAAGAGCCAGUUGGGGAUUGUUGGCAAUAUUCAGCUGGCCUUAAGAUUUUUGCAACAGGGUGUACGUGUAGUGCUGGUCACACUUUGUGGGUUACACUGUGUCAGUACUCCAAUGCUGAUUUCAGCCCAAAUUGUAUGUCAAACCUUGCAUGCCUCGAUGUCUGCUUGAUGCAUCUCAUUAGCCCUCUUAGUUUGACUCACGGUAAUUGUAUUUGGUACUUAAAGUUCUAUUUCAUUUAUAAAUGGUCACUAUGUUAUCAAUAUGACAUGCAGCCUGGCCCAUUUCGUCUUCUGUGUGCUCGUACUGGAAAGGUUACGUACGCGCAGUCAUAGUAUUCGUAUGUAAAUGUGCAAUGAAGCUGAAACAUGGAUGCAUUCUGGAAUACUGAACCGGUCCCGCUAUCUGUGACACAUGCUUCAUAUUUGCUUCUGCUUACCUUUCUGAAUUCUCGAAAAUUCCACUUGAACUCCUGUUUGGUCAGUGUAAGCAGUCUUGAAAUUGUAGCAUGAAAAUUGAAAAUUGCUGAAGUGAGCAACAUCAUAACUGUGGUUUCUUACUUAUCCAUAGAGAGGCGUUAGAAGCAUGGCAGCUUGUAAUAAGGUGAAGCCCGGUCAAUGGGAGCAAUCUCAGGUGUGUCGAAAGUUUUGUUUCCAUGAUUCAUCAUGAGUAAUUGCGGGCUUUUAAAGCUGUCAUUUUCCUUAGCAGAUCUACUGAGAGAAAGCAUUCACCUGUAAAGACGUAAAUGGAUGUGUGUAUAUUUAUUUACGUAAAUGGUUUGCUUACCAUUCUGUAACUUCCUGUACAGUGUUUUUACUAAAUUGGAGUGUAGAUUUUUUUAACACUUUCUUGAUGUGCUAUCUUUUUUAGAAAGUAUUGAAUACUUUUAGUUUUUAGUACAGCCUUUAUUGCUAGGCAACUGUGUUGUACGGGGAGAGCUAUAUUUAUUUUUAGUUCUUAUUUUGGCUGUGUUGGUUGUUAGCCAAAGAUAACAUUUCAUUUUUUCUGUUCUUCAAAUGGUGCAUGAAUUUAUUGGUGCAUGCAUAUUUUUAAUAUGUUGCUUCAGUGAAUAUGAAGUGCCGUAUCGAUGAAUAAUGUCAAUUUAUGUUAGGUCUUGGAAAGGACUUCUACCUCUGGAAAUUAUUAUUUUAGUUGCUCACACAUGUUUUUUGUAUGUGUUGUUGUAAAUUGAUUUGUUAUCACACUUUGCUUCCAGCAUUUACAAUGCAAGACAUUGUAGCCUUGGAAGAGUGUGUACAAGUAGUCUUGUUGAGUUUGUAUUAUCUUGCGCUUUUUGUUCGCUGAACUGUUAUUUUCUGUGCACGUUCACACAUUCUAAUCAGUGAUCAAACCAUGACAUAGUGCUUUGGAGUGAGCUUAUCAUGACAGUAUUGUUCUUACUUUUGAAAGGAGUUUAUUGUCUGAAGUGUUGCUUCGAGACUGGUUCAGGAUCUUCACAGUGUGGAGUCUCAGAGAUAAUGAUUUGCAGAUGUCAUUAUCGUGAAAUUUUUUGAUGUGUGAUUGAUGUUUUGUUGUGGAAUCUAGCUGGAGAACCUAGCAGAGUUAACAAUUAAAAAAAAUUAAGGCUGUAUGUUGGACAAGCAGAAUUGUGCUGCAGAUUCUAAUUGCUAAGCACAGUUUAUGUCAAGUUCACAGCUUGCAAAAGAGAAUACUUAGCACACACGGUUGUUCUACAACUUUCUGCAGAAAAUGCCAUGUCGCAAACUGAACUCAAGAGAGACUUGUUCUUAAGUGUUUAGCCCCGUGUCAAACCAUGUUUUGUGCUCACUUUUGUAAUUAGCCUAACUUUUCAUGUUUUCAUACAACCUGUAAUAAUUUCAUUUCAUUUACUGUACAUUCAUUCAUUGCGUUUGAGCUGAUAUACUAUGUUGUAUUUGAUGAAUGACUAUUCCAUUGUUCGCGUAUAAACCCAGCAACGGAUGGUAAAAAGAAAACUCGAAGGAUGUUUCUGCUGUUUAUUCACACUUUUUUGUAAGACGGCAUGCAACACACUUGUUUUUGUUGGAAAGUUUCUUCACGGCGUUUAUUUCUUGUUCCUAAAUGAAAGAUUUUGUAUUGCAUUGUUUUGCAUUUCAUGAGACUUCACUUGGUGUUCCGUCACACAAUAUUGUUAACUUUAUUUUUCGGAGUUGCCAAAUAUAUUUAUUCUAGUGGCCUGCUGAGGCAUCUUUACAUAAAAUUCACCUUGUUUUGUUAUUGUAUACUCAUUCUUAUUCCAUAUGUAAAUAUAUACUAUUUUUACUAAAGCCAUGAUUUUAAAUAUUCAUUCAGUGCAUUUGUUAUAAUCGGAAGAUUGCUGUAUGGUGGAAACAAAUAUUCCAUGCAGCCGUUUGAUGUAGUCAAACGAUGGCAUUCUUGCAUGCAAACUGCAGUCAACAGUUUGGCCAACAUGACAUGUGCAGUCCUAGGUUGUAGACAACAUAAUCAUGAAAUACAGUGGACACUGUCAAGCUGAAUGCUCUGAUACGCCGAGUAAUUUAUCACUUUUGUUUAAUAUUCCUUAUAUUUAAGUUGUUUACGUUAAAAGGAAACUUUAGAUCUUAUCUCACUGUUCAAAUGCAUUUGAGAAGAAGAAAUGCUUUCAUUUGGUAGUUGUUGAACCAAUUCAAGUGAAACCUGUUGUGUUUUAAGUAAUGUGAGAUUCUAGUGUCUGUUCCGCUUUUUGUUUGUGAAUUGUGAAGUUUGAGAAAUAAUGAAGCAUUAAGUCUGCAGAACCUCUGCAACUCCCCGACAGAAAGACCUAGUUCUGUAGACAACAUCUCUAAGAGUGUCCGAGCUGAACAUAAGUGAUAGCAAAUGCCACUCUAUGUUGCAAAUAAGCCUUGUGAAGAACUCAAGCAAAUGAAGCGUUGUUUUAUGUAGCCUAUAAGUUAAUAUAGUAAAUCUCUAUGCUUUAAACAUAGUCUUCGCUGGUGUCUCCAAAAUUCGCAGAAUUCUGAUAUGUAUUUGUUUGCUGACCUCAAGAUUUGGAAGCAUAUUUGCAUUUUUCAAAGCUUUCUAUUGUCCAUCGGUUUACAAAAAAGUAUUUUUAUAUUUAAACAUGAGUCUGCUUCCAAUGGUCACUCUGUUCUUUCUGUUCUCUUUUUUAAUACAACAAAUUUAAUUUAGAUCAGUUCAGCAAGCACGUAACAAAAAAGUUCAUGCUUCACAUCUAUUUGAACAGCUUGGGACACCUAAAGUGAACUUCUGAUUAUGGGAACAGAAUUUAAGGAGAGUAUGUUAAACCCCAACUUAAUGUGACUUGACUCAAUCCACUGUCCUGCAAUUAGUGGUCUUAGGUCAUUAACAUCAUUUUUGCAUAAACGUUCACGUCGACCUCCCGGCCCUCUCUACCACCUCCAUGCUUCAUUUAAACGCCGUACACUAAUAUGCCCAAAUCGUCAACCUGGUUGUGAAAACUCCCCAGUGGUACUAGCUUGAAAGUACAAGCUUGUCUACAUCUGUUAUGUGAACUUUAGUUGUUGUGUUACUGCGAAAAAAAAAAAAAAAAACUCAUUUUGUGCAAGCUGUUCCCUCUUGUCAUUUAAAACUAUUGUACAGCCAAGAAUUCUCUGCCCCACCUUCAGUACAACAUGCAGAGGUAGUGAUAUGGUGGCCACUUAUAUGCUUAAGUCCAUGGUGCCACCUGACAUUUUGAUAGUACAGGGUGAUACAAUAUAAAAGAGAACACCUAAACGGUACUCAAGCAACAACUGCUGAAGAAGUGCGAUUUGGGACACUACUCGCCUAUGCUUGCUUCGUGACUUUCCUGUUAAAGAAACCUCUUGUUUAACUGCGAGGACAAUGGAUGCUCUUCAAUGCAAACCAGGUGUUCUAGUUCAUAUUGUUCACCACCGUACUUGCACAGUCAGUUGAGAGUACACCUGUUCUACAUCAUGCCUGCAGCUGUGUGCUUUAGAGGGAACUGUGCACUGUGUAAGGCCUGGUGCAAUAAUGGUGCGGGAUCCUUGCAAUGUAUAUCGCUAGGGCUGGGCACUGAUUGCAACAUAAAACCUUGCUAAUUGCCAGUCUUAAUUAAUGUGGCUGUUUCCCAAACUGUGUAUUGCACCUGCAGACAGUUGAUACAUAUUCAGUGGGCAAGUAGGGGUUGUUGCAAAGUAGGUUAUUAACCUGAUUCAGGGUUCUAAAGAAUGAAUGUAGCAUAAAUGAAAGCAAAAUAAUAAUUAGAUUAGAAUAAUUAGAAGUCUAAGCUUUGUAACACUCCAGUGCUUGCAGAACCUGUGUUCUAACAAGUAAACUUAAAUAGCCGUCGUUAUGGUGGGCAUGUGUCUUUCUUUGCAUUGCAUUCCGACCCAGCUGAUUUUACUUUGGCCACAUUAAACUUGAAUAUCAUAUCAGGCAUUGUGGUAUUGAGAAGCCCUGUAGGAAGAGGGCGGGGGGGGGGGGGGAGGAAUUGUGUUUGUGGUUUGCAUUCUUGGUGAGUCACAAGGUCCAGAGUUCGGGAAACACUGCAUUAACUGAUUAAUUGAUGGAUGAUUGGCUCUUAUGAUCAACGUGCACAUCUUUGAAUGAAAUAAACUGAAUGCACUGCAUAUGAUACUACUGCUCAUUGUCGGACUAUAAACGCUCGUUAAUUUGGUGUUCACGAAACUGCCACCAUUUCUGUGCUAGUUCUUGCAGUUUUUGUCAUUACAUUCGCCGGGCGUGUUGCCGAUGAUUGAGGACAACUGUCCUGGAAAAAUUAACUGGAAUCGAAGCAUUAGUUCAAUUGAUGGGGAGGUUUACUUGUCAAUUGCCCAGCCCUAUCUAUAUGGCACUUGGUGUGAUGUCAACAGAAGUACACAUUAGACUCCCUUCCCGAGAUGCUGUUGUUCAGUAAUUGUCGCAUUACCGUGCCAUAAUAUGUAAGCUACAGAAGAAACCAGCGGUCACAUGGUGGCAAUACAGUAGCGUCGGAGCGCUUGCAUCUUUAUAACCACGAAGGAGACCUAAGCUUGACGUUUGUCUUUUGUACUCUGAAAGUUUUGAGCUCCGGAAUGGUUGUGUACCACAUGUUGGUCAGACACCACUCCGCUGUAUACCACGUGCUUGUGUGUGCAGGACUCGCGCUUCAGCCAAGGUUUCACGUGCCAUUUUUGCUCGUUCCUUUUUUUGGGGCUGGCCUCACCUACUGAAGUGUUCAGUGAAGAAUCUUGAGAAAUCUUGGCUUGCUUUCCAUUAUCACCAGGAAUUGUCACCUAGUCAUUUACAGGAAUGCGGCUGUUGGCCUUUGGGCUAUGCUGCUGCCAGUGUUGGAGGUGUCAGCUGAUGCCAGUGGCUUGCACAAUGAGCUCAGCGGAGAGACACAUUGUGCUGUGUGCGUGAGGCAUAUUGUGUACAUGGAUGUCUUCAUGAAAUUUAAUGUGUGAUCAUUGUGUGCACUUGUUGCGCUUCAUUAAACGGAUGUUUAAAGUCACCCUGUGCGGGACUUGGUGUGUCAUGGUCUCUUUGUUAACCGCUGCAAUGCGCUAGAUUUUCUUACCCCAAGCGGUCGCGUAAUGCGAAGCUUCCUGUUUGCGACAAUUGACUGACAAGCUAGUUGCUCAUAAUUAGGUGAACCAGGCUAAUAUAUGGGAUGAAAGAAGGAGCACACAAACACCGUGCUGUAUCUGGUUACUCCUUGUUCCAGCCCAUGUGGUGGCGCUGUUUUUUUUUUUUUUCCUAUUUGCACCUGCACAAGUGGGUAACUAGGUAAUGUCACAUUAUAAAAUGUAUGAAAGAAAGUACGAAGGAAAAGUUCUAAAUACAAAGCAUUCUUUCACUGAGUAUCAGCGUAAUAAAUUGCAGACAUGAUUGUCACCACAUCAUCUGUGCACCAUGCUUCUGUAUUUUCUGGUUACAAACCUGGUGAUAGGUUUCUUAAAGGGGCCAUGAGUCACCCCUCGGGGUUGGUGAAAUAACAUAGUCGGCGGGUAGCAUACGCUCCUGUGAACACCUCGGCCAAGUUUUGCCGUCUCACGUGGUGCAUGGAGCUUGCAAGCGGAGCGCGAAGUGACCUUUCUCUCAAACGCUUUCUUUUCAACGGAAGCCAUGUUCCUCACUCUUUUCUGGGUGCUUUAUUUCAUAAUAAAGUGGAUUCCCAUAUGCGGCUGCUAUUGGUAGCUGCAAUCGGCUACGUAGCGUAGACACCGUGGCCGCCGUGGGGCGCCGCCAUGAGUCCACUGGGUAAGCACACUGCGGCUCGCUGAGGACAAACGCGUUUGGCUUACGUUUAGUGCAUCGCAGGCACCAAAAUUGGAAGUCGUGGCAUCUGUGUGAACAUCCAAAAUGAAAUUUGAUCUGCGCGCCAUGGUGACAUUUAGAAGGUGGAGCAUUGUGGCCACGCCUCACUCCGCCGUAGCUGUCGCAGUGCCAGG